AUGGUGUCCGCUCGCUUCGCUCCUGUCCUCCGGACGAAGGCCAUGGCCAGGCAACCCCGCCUGACCCGGUCUAUCGCCGACCUCACUAUCCUUAACCAGCCCACCACCUCGAAGCAGGUCCCCAUCACCAAGGCUGGUCCGUCGAACGGCGGCCGCUCCGCUGUCUCGGGCCACACGGUCACCGUCUUCGGCUGCACGGGAUUCCUCGGCCGCUACAUCGUCUCCAAGCUCGCCAAGGAGGGUACGCAGGUCAUUGUUCCCUACCGUGACGAGGACAAGAAGCGUCACCUCAAGGUUACGGGCGACCUCGGUGUUGUUGUUCCCCUCGAGUGGGACGCGCGCAACCCGGACCAGAUCCACGAGUGUGUUCGUCACUCGGACACCGUCUACAACCUGACCGGCCUCGACUGGGAGUCGCGCAACUUCUCGUACGAGGACGUCAACGUCAAGACUGCCGGCCUCAUCGCCGAGGUGUGCGCGCAGUCCAACGUCGACCAGCUCAUCCACGUCUCGCACCUGAACGCCAACCCGAACUCGUCGUCGCGCUUCUACCGCACCAAGUACGACGGUGAGCGCGCUGUCCGCAACGCCUUCCCGGACGCUACCAUUGUCCGCCCCGGCCCGAUGUUCGGUGCUGAGGACUGGUUCCUGAACGCUGCUGCCCAGUACCCGGCUCUCUUCAAGCUGAACGGCGGCAACACCAAGUUCAUGCCCGUCCACGUCCUCGACGUCGCCAAGGCGCUCAAGGUCAUGCUCGACGCUCCCGUCACCUCGGUCGCGUCCACCUUCCACCUCGCCGGACCGGCCAUCAAGACCGGCAACGAGAUUCUCGACCUCGUCUCGCUCCUGACGAUGAAGCCGAUGAACAAGGCCGUCGAGGUCCCGAAGUCUGUCGCGCUUGCGUUCGCCAAGCUCGUGAACAAGGCCAUCUGGUGGCCCACCGUGUCGCCCGACGAGAUCGAGAGGAAAUACAUCAACGACGCCGGUAUCGAGGCCCUCGAGCCCCUCGACACCAGCGCGUACCCCGACGGAUGGGCCCCGUCGCAGCAGUCCUCCAUCAUCCCCGGUGUUGACGGCGAGCCCGUCAAGACGUUCGCCGACCUCGCCAUCUCCCCCGACCACAUUGAGGAGUGGGCCAUCCGCUACGUCCGCAGGUACCGUUCCUCGGCCACCUACGACAUGCCCGUCGAGCUUGGCCACUUCAAGAACCCCAAGCCGUACCACACCGUGCCUUAG